UCCUUGCAAGUCUCCUUCCCAAUUUUUAUCGUUUUCCUCCUUUAAUCAAAUCCAACGGCACAUAUAGGAGCAGUUCGAUUCGAUAAUCACAGAAAAAAAACAAGGUAGCUGAUAUAGCAGGCACCCAUAGCCUUCCCACAAUUGAACCUGAUGAUUGGAUGGAUAGGAAGCAGCAUAUUGCAAUUUUUACGACCGCGAGUCUUCCAUGGAUGACUGGAACUGCUGUUAAUCCUCUGUUUCGUGCUGCAUAUCUUACAAAAGAUGGGGAGAGAAAGGUUACUUUGGUGAUUCCGUGGCUAUCUUUGAAGGAUCAACAGCUAGUUUACCCCAAUAAUAUAACAUUCAGGUCGCCCAGAGAGCAUGAGGCUUAUGUCCGUCAGUGGGUUGAAGAGAGGACUGGAUUUAUAGCUGGAUUUAAUAUAAACUUCUACCCUGGAAAGUUCUCCAGAGAUAAAAGGAGCAUUCUAGCUGUUGGGGAUAUUACAGAAAUCAUACCUGAUGAAGAGGCAGACAUUGCUGUCUUAGAAGAGCCUGAGCACCUGACAUGGUACCAUCAUGGGCGGAGAUGGAAAACAAAAUUCCGAUUAGUCAUAGGGGUUGUUCACACCAAUUAUUUGGAAUAUGUAAAAAGAGAAAAGAAUGGGGUUGAAGCAUUUCUCUUGAAACAAAUCAACAGUUGGGUUAUCCAUAUCUACUGCCACAAGGUUAUAAGAUUAUCGGCUGCAACACAGGAUCUUCCAAAAUCCAUUAUAUGCAAUAUCCAUGGUGUCAACCCCAAGUUCCUUGAGGUUGGGAAGAAAAAGCAAGUGUUGCUGAAAAAUGGAAACCAAGCCUUCACCAAGGGUGCAUACUACAUAGGGAAAAUGGUGUGGAAUAAAGGCUACAGAGAGCUCCUUAAAUUACUUUCUGAUCACCAGAAGGAACUAAAAGGUCUUCAGGUUGAUUUAUUUGGAAAUGGAGAGGACCACGAUCAAGUUGAAGAAGCAGCUAAAAAGUUAGAACUUGCGGUUAAGGUCCACCCUGGGUGUGACCAUGCUGACCCUUUAUUUCAUGAUUUUAAGGUGUUUCUAAAUCCAAGCACAACAGAUGUCGUCUGCACAACCACAGCUGAAGCACUAGCAAUGGGCAAAAUCGUCAUUUGUGCCAACCAUCCCUCAAACGACUUCUUCAAACAAUUUCCAAAUUGCCAUACAUACAAUGAUGCUGAAGGGUUUGUCCAAGUGACAUGCAAGGCACUGACCGAAGAGCCAGUCCCACUCACUGAUGAACAUAGACAUGAACUGUCCUGGGAGGCUGCGACGGAACGAUUUCUUAAGGUAGCUGAGCUCAAUCAGGCCUUCCCAUGUAAACCAGAGGAAACUCCAACAAAGAAUUUUAUGGCAAUAUCAUUGAAUUUGAAGAGGAACUUUGAGGAUGCAUCAGCAUUUGUGCAUUAUGCAGCUUCUGGGGUUGAAGCUGCACGUAGAGCAUUCGGUGCAAUUCCUGGAAGUUUGCAACCAGAUGAGGAACAAUGUAAAGAGCUUGGGUUGUCUGUUCCCAAAGGGAAGCAUGGUUCAAAGUGGGCUUCAAGACAUUGAUGCAGUCGACGUGUUUAUUAAAAUUUGUCAGAAACAUUUUGAAGUCCAUGUUUAUCAAUGUCCCCUGGAAAAAGAAAUUCUCUUUGAUUACAAAAGGUUUCAUAUGUGAUCUCAGGUAAGAAAAAAGUAUCCCAUGUUUUCUCUUCUAAAAAUGAUUGUUGUAUGCUUGGUAUUACUGUAAUUUUAUCAUAGGCACUUAGCUGUAAUUGGAUGUAUGAUAU